AUGACCUCAAGAAAAAACUAUACCUGGACCUUCGCCACGCCAUCCGCAUCAAAAGCGGCACCCGAGAGUGCGAGCAAAAAGACCCAUUGGGUGAGAGAUGAAAGUCAAACUGAGCAAGUCAAGGGCUUUCGGAAUCCAUGGGAGAGUUCUCGCGACUUCACCUUCCCGGAAAUAUUCAAAUCUAUGAUGCGACACAAAUUUCUCUCAGGGAACAGCCAGAAACCUGACACCACUCUAUCGACCGUACCUGUAACAAAGCCAACAUUUCUCCCAGCUGCCACACGCCCCGACUUGCUGCGUGCAACAUGGCUAGGUCACGCCUGCUAUUUCGUUGAAUUCCCUACUGGUCUACGCGUUCUCUUCGAUCCCGUGUUUGAAGAACGUUGUUCACCGUUCUCUUGGUUAGGACACAAACGAUUUACGCCUACACCGUGCGAUAUAUCUGACAUCCCGAUCAUUGAUUGUGUUGUGAUUAGCCACUCUCACUAUGACCAUCUUUCGUACCCGACAGUUCUUGAAACUCAGAAACAUCACCCGUCAGUCAAAUUCUGCGUACCUAAAGGCCUUAAAAGGUGGUUUGAAGACUGUGGCAUAGAUAAUGUCAUUGAGCUAGAUUGGUGGGAGAAUGUCAAUCUCGAGUUGGCCGCCACGACCGACGAUAACACCUCGGACUCCACUUCAAUCCCACCACACAACGACGUCUCAGCUACAGCCACAAUUUCCUGUCUCCCCUGUCAACAUACAUCUGCUCGCACCCCCUUCGAUAAAGCAACAACAUUAUGGGCCUCCUGGUCCGUUUCCUCCGGCGGCAAGUCGGUCUACUUCGCAGGUGACACAGGCUAUCGCGUUGUUCCACACCUCCCGAAGGACGUUGAUGACUGGGGCCCGGACUACGCCAAUCUACCAGUUUGUCCGGCCUUCAAGGAGAUCGGAGAGGUCUGUGGACCGUUUGAUCUUGGACUCAUUCCGAUCGGAGCGUAUAGACCACGACAUGUUCUGAGUACUGUUCAUUCAAACCCUUAUGAUUCUGUGGAAAUAUUUAAAGAUACAAGAUGUAAGAAGGCUAUUGGGAUUCAUUGGGGGACUUGGGCUGUUGCGGAGGAGGAUGUAAUGGAACCGCCACGACUGUUGAAGGAUGCGCUGGUUAAGAGCGGUCUACCAGAACAAGGAGUGUUUGAUGUCUGUGGCAUUGGUGAGAGUAGGGAGUUUUGA